UGUUUAAAAAUGGGAAGAGCCUUAGUUGGAAUAUCAAAUGCUAAAGAGAAGCUUAGAAGAACAAUUUCACCAAGAAAUGGAAGCAUUUCAUCUACUACAAAUGAUGUACCAAAAGGACAUUUUGCAGUUUAUGUUGGUGAAACAUAUAGGAGAUUUGUUGUUCCAAUUUCUUACUUGAAUCACCCUUUAUUUCAAGAUUUGUUACAUUGGGCUGAAGAAGAAUUUGGGUAUAAUCAUCCUAUGGGAGGUAUUACAAUUCCAUGUAGUGAAGAUUACUUUAUUAGUCUCAUUUCUUUACUUAAGUCAUCAUAGACUUUAAAGAAUUGUAAACUUAUUUCAUC